AUGAAGAACAGAACUGCCUCCGCAUCAGGCUGCGCUGUAGCGGCCCCGAGGAGCUCUGAGAGCGUAAGCCCUUCGGAGGAUGUGCUUGCUGCAACAGACCGACCCGCUUCAUCUGCCUGCUCCACAAAUCGCCGAGCGCCCUUAUCCUGCUUCGGCAGCUCAGCAAAUGCAGCUGCGCCACCACUGUGUAAUGAUAGUCAAGGGCAAUCGGACCAUUGUCCAGACCUGGGUGACUCACGGCCCGUGAGUCCUUCCCAGUCCGAUAUUAACAGACAAGCACAGGCGGAAGGCUGCUGUACUCCCUCAAAACUUGAUUUUUUUGACCCCCAUUCCGAGUUGGCGAGGUCUCCGUACAGAGGAUUUGCAACGCUAUUAUUCAUCUGUUCCGGCUUCUAUCUUGUGGCCAAUCCCAUUAUGCGGUGGUAUGAGAAGGGGGAAUUCGUGGAUCCGUCGCUAGCAGUCGCCAUGUUCUACGACUUCUUCUAUUUGGGCCUUUGGCCUCCACUUUUUUCUCAUGAAGGGUUAUAUUGGAAGACGCACACUGUUCGUACUGCAGCAUCUGACACAAUUCACGACAAUCGCUUAUGCGGUCGGCCACUGCUUGUACAACAAGUGAGGUUCACCCCUCUCAUCAGCCGACCAUGCGCUUUUGAUAUUCCACUUUUCCUAUUUCCUUCCGCCCUUGGAAGCGCAGAAGACUAUAAACCACAAGGAGCCUUUCUAGGUGGCUCGAACUCCACAGUGUGUCAUUGUUUGGCCCGCUGCCCUAGCACGAAUACUUCCAUUGAGCCAAGCAUUUGCGUGGCUGCUUUCCGUGUGCAGGUGGCCGAUAAUUCCAGCUGCGUUCGUGCAGGUUGCUGCAGUCUGCAACUUCAUGAAGGUGAGGUUAAUCUCCGAAACUUCUGCUACUACAUGGUGGUUCCCUCCCUAGUGUAUGAGCCCUAUUUUCCUCGGGGGAACGGCUUCCGUCCAGCUUAUUUCGUGUGGAAACUUGUGUCUCUUGUCAGCGCAAUGACGGUGAUGUACUUGGCAUGCACUUCGUACCUAAUUCCAACCAUUAGCCGCUCACCCUCGGUGUCUCUGAUGGAAGCCAUGUCAAACUUGAUUUUUCCGUUUCUCUUCUUGGACCUGUUGAUCUUCUUUAUCCUCUUCGAGUGCAUCUGCAACCUCCUCGCUGAGGUCACCAACUUUGGGAACCGUGAUUUCUACCAUUUUAGUCAACAAAGCGCCGUUGUCGCCACAUUUUUGUUUUCUGCGCUUCUUCAUGAAAUGAUAGUGGCUGUUUGCUUUCGGUUUAUCCGGUUUUACCUGCUACUUUUGAUGUUGUUUCAAAUACCGCUUGUUGCCUUGGGCCGAUACUACGCUCACAACCGCUGCCUGGCAAAUGCAAUAUUCUGGGCCUGCAUGUUACUGGGACUUCCUCUUCUUGCAGUAGCGUACGGACGCGAAUUCGCUCAGGAGCACUUCUACACGGAGAACAAAGGUUGGCAGGAGCUCCGCGCAGUAGGAUAUAGUACGGUGACGCUGGUUUGGAAGCAAAAGGUCUUGGCUCAUGGUUCAGACGCUGAGUUUAUGGGGAAAUGGGAUGUGCAUCAGUCGCGGUCAAAUGGCGCUCUCGACGUGGACUGUAGUGGUCCUGCAUCGUGUCGUAUGAUCUUAACCCAAGGUGCGCCGAAGUUGCGUCCAGUACUUCUUACUCGCUGUUUUGCAGAGUUUUCAGGCGAAGACGAUCCUAGGCUAUCGCGCUCCUGGCAAUACGCGGUGUUUGCAACAAAACGCACGCGAUUAACAACACGCUCAGACAUGAGCAGACAGACUUUGUCACCCAAUAGGAUAGAGUCAGAGCUUCGGGGAUACAAGGUGAUCUGGGGAAUGGUCGAGCAGCUACGCAUGGCAGCAUCAAAUCUUCUGGCAGUAGACAGGGCCCCCAAUGUGCACGGUGCUCAUGCUCCUUCCACUGGCUCGCAAAGACUUUGA